CCAGUCAAUAUCGAAUAGAACGUCGUAAGGUGUGUUUCACAAGUGGCCAACUCAGGCAGAAAAAACAGAUACAAAAAAAAAACAAUUAAAAAACGAGAAAAAUAAUAAAAACGUUAAUAAAAUUUCCAAAUACUUAGAUUGCAACAUUUAAGCCUGAAGUUAUAAAAUUAUUAACAAUUAUUAGUUGGCAAACUUUGUAACGCACUUGAAAAAAACGAAUUUUAUUUUUUAAGAAAAAGUGAUAUUUAGUAUCUUGUAAAUUUCAAAAAAUAAUAUCAGUUUUCUUAGUGUAAAAAUAAUAUCAUUAAAAGUUAUAAAAAUGAAAUAUUUAAUAAGUUUAUUUAUGUUUGUUGCUUGCUGUCUGCAACAAUGUUGCUGGGCUCAAAGCACAACAGUUCGUCCCUACAAAUUCGGUUUCACCAUAGACGAACAACAACAUCGUUCGGAAUCAAGAGAUGAGCGUGGUAUUGUGAUGGGAGAAUUUGGUUUUAUAACAGCUGAUGGAAUUUAUCAUGUAACUGUAUAUGCCACCGAUGAGCAAGGCCGAUUUCGUAUACUGGCCAUGAGAAAUUAUCCUUAUGAAUCACCACCCAAAACUGUUGAGGUAAUGGUGCAGCCAAAGAUAGCACCUACAACUACUACCACCGCAAAACCUUUAGCCAAACAUAAUUUCAAUACCGAAGCCUGUUCGGGCUGCUUUUUGACCAAUGGCAAUAAUAAACCUAAAGGUCUUAAUGGCAUAGAAAGUAAAACUGUGAAGAAUGAUAUAAGACCUUUGUCGAAGUCGUUGCCCAGUCCCAGUGCUAAUGCAGCAGCUAAUCCUAAGAUUCCUAACAAGAAUGUAGGCGCAGGUAAACUAUACAGUUUAAAUGGUGAAAAUGUUUUAUUAACCUUUAAUGCGAAUAAAAAGCCAAUAAAACUAAAUACACCAGUAACAGAAAAUGUAGCAUUUAAAGAUUUAGUUGAACUACAAAAUGCUGUCAAGAAUCAACAAUUAUUUAGCACUACACCUUCAUCGGUUGCACCAAGUAGAGCUUAUUUAACACCUAAUAAUAUUAAUACAAAACCUUUAGCAAUUGCAGCACCUAAAGUUGACAUGACACUUUCAACAUUUGUACCAAGUGUCUCUAUACUUGCACUUAAUAAAUUUGUUUCAACACCCUCUAAUCUAACACCUAAUACUGAACACACAAAUCCUCCUAUCUUUGCACCUACUAAGUUUACCACAACUGUUGCAAAUAAACAAUCAAGUGAAAAACACACUACACCAAAAACAAAAAUUAGCGAAAUUUUAUUAAAUGAUAAAAAUAAAUCAAUUACUAAAACAUUACAAAAUCCUUUAAGAACACAACAGCAAUUAAUUAAGAGCACACCAACACAACCCAAUGCACCUUAUGUUAAGCAACAAUACCAAAUGGUAGCACUUUCAUUGGUCGGUGAUAAGGACACAAACAAAGCUAUUAUUAAUAAUAAUCUUAAACCUUUAAAAACGAAAACUAUUCAAUUUUUGAAACAUGAUUUAAAUUUACCCACAAAAACUGCAGCACAAGAAAACACUUUAACCAAAACACCUACAAAGAAUACUCUUGAACCGCCAUUUGAGGGUAAUUUAAACACUGAUACCACAGCACAGGCAAACACCUUAACUCAAACACCCUUAAAAAGCUCAGUUGGAAGUGUAGAAGAGCCAGCAUCACAAGGUAAGGACACACAGCUAAAGCUUAUGCUUGAACAACCUAAAGAAUACAAAGUAUUUCCUCAAGCAUCAGCAAAUCCUGCAACCUUGAAUAAAAACUCCGGAAAGCAACCUAUACAAACACCACCAAACACUAAUACAUUAAACAAGCAAUACACUACAAGUCCCACAGUUAGCCAAGACACCAACCAACAAACUACAAAACCUUUAGCAGGCAGUCCUGGUUCUGCAGGCACAGCAAAGACAAACACCGGAAAUCCACCACCCAUAAUGGACAUAAUAAUGCAAAAAGUGCUUCCUGCUAUAAUGGGUAAAACACCUUCAGGCACCCCAACUCAAACUACAACCCUUAAUAAACCAAAUGCAGUGCCAUCUGGCAAAAAACCUAGCAGUACAUCCGGUUCUUCUUCUACAUCCGCAAACGGUGAUGGUGAUUUGUAUCGUUUCAAAUACAUUUUAGACUAUCACGGUCAUACUGAGACCGGUAAACGCAAUGGCAAUAAGGAAGGCAGUUAUUAUGCCAUUGGUGAUGAUGAUGUUGAACGUACUAUUGAGUAUGUGGCAAAUGAAAAUGGCUAUCAGCCACGUAUACGUUGGCGUAAGUUAGAUCGCAAUGAAAUCAAGUCAAAAGAAAAUACUCUUAAAGAUUACGAAUUCGUGUGGUUUAAUCAAUAAGCAAACGAGUGGAAAACAAACCAUAAAAUAUAGAAAGAAUAUUUAGAUUUGUUUGAAAUGUGUUCACUUUACUGAUCCAAUGAAAAUUUAUGUUUUUGUUGAUUUAGUUUUAUUUUAGUUUGUAAUUAAUAAUUUAAAUUAUUUUUUUUAUAUUAUUAUUUUAUAAUUUAUCAUAAAGUAUAGAGAAAACAAUAAAUAUUUGUCUUAAAAUUAUUU